CGAGGGGCGGGGCCGAGGCUAAGGGAGCGGGGCGGGGUGGGGGGGAAAGCAAAGGGAAUUCCAACCUGUUGAACUUUGGGGGGGUGGUCUCCGAGAUCGGCUACUUCCCAUUGACUGUGGAUGGUGCAUGGGGUGGAGCUGCUGGCGGCUCGUGGGGGUGUUGGGGUUCAGCAGGGAGAGGGCAGGGCAGUGUCUCAGGGUAAGUGGGGUACGGGAAUUCCAGACUUAGAACCCUAGAGGCCGUCCGGGGCUCCGGCGCCGGGAAGAGGCGCUCGGGCCGCCAUGCGAGACAGGACCCACGAGCUAAGGCAGGGGGAUGACAGUUCGGAUGAUGAGGACAGGGAGCGGGUCGCGCUGGUGCUGCACCCGGGCACGGCCCGGCUGGGGAGCCCGGACGAAGAAUUCUUCCAGAAGGUCCGGACUAUUCGGCAGACUAUAGUCAAGCUGGAGAAUAAAGUCCGGGAGUUGGAGAAGCAGCAGGUCACCAUCCUGGCCACGCCCCUUCCCGAGGAAAGCAUGAAACAGGACCUGCAGAACCUUCGUGAAGAGAUCAAACAGCUGGGCAGGGAGAUUCGCACACAGCUGAAGGCCAUCGAGCCCACGAAGGAAGAAGCUGACGAGAACUGUAACUCGGUCAACACACGGAUGAGAAAAACCCAGCAUGGGAUCCUGUCCCAGCAAUUUGUGGAGCUCAUCAACAAGUGCAAUUCAAUGCAGUCCGAGUACCGGGAGAAGAACGUGGAGCGGAUUCGGCGGCAGCUGAAGAUCACCAAUGCGGGAGCCGUGUCUGACGAGGAGCUGGAGCAGAUGCUGGACAGCGGGCAGAGUGAGGUGUUUGUGUCCAAUAUACUGAAGGACACGCAGGUGACGCGACAGGCCCUCAAUGAGAUCUCGGCCCGGCACAGUGAGAUCCAGCAGCUGGAACGCAGCAUCCGGGAGCUUCAUGAGAUCUUCACCUUUCUGGCGACCGAGGUGGAGAUGCAGGGCGAGAUGAUCAACCGCAUUGAGAAGAACAUCCUGAGCUCUGCGGAUUACGUGGAGCGUGGGCAGGAGCACGUGAAGGUCGCACUGGAGAACCAGAAGAAGGCGAGGAAGAAGAAAGUCAUGAUUGGCAUCUGUGUGUCCGUCACUGUCCUCAUCCUGGUAGUCAUCAUUGUCAUCACCGUGGUGGUUGGAUAACGUACCAUCUUGACACCAGGAGCUCCAGGAACCCGGGCCUGGCCUUCGCUCCCAGCAGCUUUGGGGAGAGGUGGCAUCCACACAGAGCCUCCAGAGAGGCCCUGUCUGUCCUCUGACCCCUGAGCAAGAGGCAGAUGGUUCUGGGGUUGGCAGCUUCUCAUUUGUGGGGUUCUCCCCACCCCCUUGAGGCUGCAGAGGCCCCGGGACAGGGGUCAAAUUGUCCUAUUUGGUUGGGACAAAUGGUUUUGUAAAAAAUUAAAAGCAAAAAUAACAA